UAAUGGUCUUGUGGGACAAAAACCACAUGGCAGAGACUGUCGCUGAAAUGAAGUUUUGUGCAGAGCAAAAUCGCCCGGUAUUCCCCUUUUUUGGAGGCUGAUUUAGGUUGUGAGAAAUUUAUUGCUAAAGAACAGGCUUUCAAGCGUCAAAAGGACAUGGGGAAAGCGAAGCAUAAGCGCUUCCGUGCCAAGAAACAACGACCUACCGGACUGCCGUCAGUGCAAGAAGUCGAAGCAGAGGAAAGCGAGUUAGGAACGGGAAGCUAUACAGCUGUUGAAAACCAGACUCUCACGCUGCUCGAACGGCUUCAAAGCAGCUCCGAUGAGGAGAAGGUUUGCUCAUGUUCUGCCUUAGCAAAUCUUGUCCAGGAGCCAGCUGCAAGGGAUACAUUACUCCAGAAUGGCUUAGUACGAUGUCUAGGACCACUGCUCUUGGACAACCGUCCAGCAAUCAGAGAAGCAGCCACAGGAGCUCUCCGAAAUCUAAGUGCUUGCGGAGAUCAUGAAGUGUGUGAUAAAAUGGUCAGUGAUGACAUCAUGACCCCACUUGUUACACUGCUGAGCCAGUUGAGCAGUGGUAUUCCAAUUCCCUCAGGAAAGAAGCUUCCUAAGAGAGAUCCUAACCUGAAUUCCCUCCUACAAGCUCUUCACCUACUCUGGAAUCUCUGUGAGAGUAACGGAACAGCAGUUAGUAUUUUCAACCGUCAUGGCCUUGUACACAUCACACUGCAGUGCCUACAGAGCCAUGUUACCUUCCUAGAUUUAGCUCUGACAGCGGCCCACUGUUUGCAGACAGUCAGUGAAGAUAACCCUAAUGCUGGCAUAGAGCUCACCAAAUCGACAGCUUUGCCAAUUCUAGAGAGCGCCCUCAUGAGUCCUGGAGAUACAAUGCAGCAUACCCUCCUCAGAACACUGGUUGCAAGUGUGCUUCACAACAUCAAGGGUCUCCUUCCAGCGGUAUCCCAGAAUCAAACAAUUCAAGCCAUAGUCAAAGUAUUCUGUCAAUCUUUGGAUACAGACGCACAGGCCGCUGUCUCCAAGUUACUGCCAGAAAUGUCAAAGAAUGGCCAGGUUUCCAAUGGGUCAGGGUCCCCAGACCCCAAAGAUUCACUUCCAGCGGUUGAGCUUCCAAAGAACCUCUCUGAGGACUUGGCUGAGAUUGAAGCAGUUUUGACAGCCCAGCAGGUAGCCCUUGAAGUGGCCUCCAACAUGUGCUGUCUGGACGAUGAUGAAGAAGAUGACUGGGAAGAUAUUGCUUCUAGCAGCAGCAGUAGUGAUGACCUCCAAGAUGAAAUUACUGAUGCGGAUGAGGUCCCCUUCAUGUCUCCUCUUUGUCUGUCUGAUGAGAUUCACGGAGCUCUGGUCAGUCAUAAUCUUCCUCAGAAGGUCUUAGUCAAGUGUGCUUUCCCAGAUAGAGCUCUGCUACAGAGUCUAAUAGUGCACAGUGCAGGCAAGACAAUCUUCAAAGGACUGCUGCGGGUUCAGAGCCGUGCUCUGCUCUGUCUUCAGAACAUGAUAGCUGUAAUUGAUCUGGUUGCAUUAGGAGGUCCGGAAGCGUUAACACUCGUCCUGAAUAAACUUCUUAUACUUACUAUGGUGGAACCAGCGCCAACAGGAGAUGAAUUGGUAGAGGCCUUGACUAGUGCACUUCGCUCUGUGCUGCAGAAAAUGGCCAUUAACAAGCAGAUGCCUCAAGCUUUGUCAGAGCAGCAUCUGACAAGACUGUUUGGUCUGGGACAAGGAACUCAAUCAGAGCAAGUCCGAGUCAACAUCGUAGCAAUGCUGGGAAGCUUGGGCAGUUUGCUGGCUGCAAAGCCAGAAACAGAGCAGCUGUUGACGGCCGUUGGUACCCAGCUGAGUGAGGUAGCAAUGAAAGACGGUUCCCUGUGGGUCACAGCAGAGGCAUUGGAUGCCAUCUUUGACACCUUUGGUGAUGGAGCAACAGCUGAUGCUGUGGCCGUGAAAAUUGGACUGGUACCAAAGCUGAAGAUGUUAGUGCCGCAGCUGAAAGCAAGGUUAAGACAGGGUAAGAACCAACUAGGAGAGCACAUGCCAGUAGUCAUCAACGCUCGACAUAACUUGGUCCGCUUUAUCAAGUACAAGGAAAGUCACUAGAUGGGUUGAGAACACACAGCCGUCUCAGGAAAGCUCUGCCUAGUGACCUCAGGUUGGUACUGCUGAUGUCCGAUUAAACAGAAUGAACAAAAAAAACCUCAACAUGAGUUUUCUUCUCCUUAAAGACUGAAACUAGGCUGUGGGUAUGAUCUUGUCAAGUUGCUGAAUGCAGAUAUAUUGAAAACUCACAGCUACGUUAAAAAUCACAUUGGAAGACUAUUGACAUAGUUGUCAAUUGAACAGAACAGCAUUUGAUUGGGUAAUCUUUGAGAGGAUUCACAGGUGUUUGCCAACUAAACUGUCAAACUCGCUACUCCUGCAAAUCCCUUAAUUUAUUAUUAUUUAUAAACUAUUUUUGUGUGUGUUAACUCACAAAAAGGUUUAGAAUUUAGUCACCCAUCAUACACAGACCUUAGUAACUUUUUUGCAGUUAGGUUACGUUGAAUUUGUUUGGAUGAUAGAUUUUAUGAUUUCCAAGUUAUUGUAGAUUCGUUAUGAUAUUGAUCUGUGUUUUUUUUUUUAUUUUUAUGAUUGCAAAUAUAAAAACAAACUUUAUAAAGUUUGAAGUCCAUUUCUUUGAAGGUUGUGAACAGUACCUACAUGUUAUUAAAUGUGACAACCUGAUAAAAUAAGGCCAAGGGAAAUUAUAAUUGUGAAAUUUGAGCAGCCUACGCUGAGGAUUUUUGAUGAUAAAAAUUUUCAAUUUGUCAUCUAGAGGUGCCUUUAUGUCAAUUGAAUCUGAAUGUAUUUUGUUGCUAUAUCUGUUUUCUUGUCAGAAGCAUUUAAUUCGAAGGAUUCAAUUUUAUUUUGCUUUUUUCUUUUUUUUUCAUUUUGUUGUUUUACUUUGUUUUGGGGAAUGUUUGUUCUAGUAUUUUGAGGAAAAGAAUGUUCAUGCAAACAGUAUACUUAAGAAAGUCUGUUAGUCGGAUAAACAUCAAUAUUUACCCCUUUGAGUGCAUUGAUUUCUGCAAGUAUUUUGUACUUUCAAAAGUAAACAGUGUUUUUGCUUUGAUAUUACAGAAAACCUGUGUACCAUGAUUAUUUCGAUAGUUGGAGAAAUGAAGAUUGUUUUCAUUCCAACAUGUUGAUGAGUUCCAAUGGUGAAAAAUUAAUUUCUAAACAAAAAAUUAAUUUCUAAACUAAUUUUGGAGUAAUGGUCUCCUGAGACAUUUAUGCAUCACUGGCAACAAAAUGUUCUGUGUGACUUGAGUAUGGUUACAACAAUGUGAAAUCGUAGAGUGUUCAUUUUUAAUAUUGACCAUUAUGGCCAGUACGUUCCUCACAGCUCUAUUUAUUACUCUCUGUGUUUUAGGAAAGAUAUGCAUCACCGAUGAAAGUUGCCAAUAACCUAUUGUUUUUCUGUUUUGAAAGUUAAAUUAACUUGUGAAAACGGAAAUAUUUUUCAUUCAGAAUGUUGUCGUCAGGAUGUCUUUGAAUUAUAACUUUAGUCUGACCCUUUCGGUAGUGGUCUGCUUUCAAGCAUUUCUUUGGUUAGAUGGUAGUUUACCAGUCUUCAAAAGAAACUGUUAUUUAAAUACAAUUGGAAACGACCUGAUAUGAGACUCUGGUUUGGUUCAGUGCAAGAAAUGUGUUAAUGUACUCACUGCCUUCACAACAAAGUAUCCACUUGAUUGGAGGAACUUUGUUGAAAAUCUUCAGAUGUUUUUUUUUUAAUACAAUACGUAAUCAUGCUAUUAUGAACAAAAAAUGUGUACUUUAACAGAAACCAAAUAAAACUAAUGGAUAACAA